CGCCGCCACCUCCGCCUCCGACAACGUUGCCGGAGGUGGGCGGAGGCAGAGGCGGCGGCGGUGUCGGAAGAGAAUAUGAUUUUUGAUAACAGGUACACCAACCCAUUGACCUAUGGCGAGUGGCGACUAUCCAGACAACAUGCGAUCUCUCGUGGGAAAUCGGUUGCCAAAAUUCUCACAAGACCAGUCCAUUGCAGUGAAGGGAUCGUUCGAUUUCCUGGGAUUAAAUUACUACUCUGCCGCUUAUGCAGCCAACGCUUCCACCUCCAACUCUGUUCCCACAAGCUACCUUACAGAUUCUCGAGUGACUUUGACAUCGCAACGGAAUGGUGUCCCCAUUGGUCCAAAGUCUGGUUCGGAUUGGCUUUAUGUAUACCCAAGAGGAAUUCAAGACAUGUUGCUCUAUGUAAAGGCACGAUACAAUGAUCAAACCAUUUAUAUUAUAGAGAAUGGAGUUUCAGAGAUAGACAACGGUACAUUGACGUUGGAGGAAGCCCUGAGAGAUGACUUGAGAAUAGAUUAUCAUUGUCGUCAUUUCUAUUUCUUUCAAAGAGCCAUCCAGUGAGUUGGAAUAAUAUUAUUUCGUUCUUUCUGUGUGUUUUCUUUUCCCCUUCCAUUUCAUCCUUGC